GAGUUGACGAGUUUCGCUUUAGAUAACGGAAACAUGAUCGACGCCAAUUGUCUUGCGACGUUGAUUAAUCCGAGCGGGACAACUCGACGUAGAUGUCCUCGCGGGAGCAGUAGUUUGAGAAGAUCGAGUUUGUUCUCGUUGUACGCCAAAAUCUUUCGGUUAUUGCUGAGCAAAUGGAACGGCUCUGGCCCGAGUCAAGUGAACGAGGGCAGCGAGGUGGAUGAAUACACUCGUCAACUCGAGAGCCUUGUAUUACCGAGUAACGAAGAUUGGAGGCUUAGAGUUUACUACAGGCUUGUCGAAUUACAACGUGAGAGCGAUGCGCUGGCUAGUGACGAGUGUGAGGAGAUGUCGAUGAACGAUACGGAUCCAUCGGUGACAAAAUCACCAGCCCGGCGCAAACUCGAUACCUCGAGCAUUAGCAACAAAUGGGAUUGGGAACCAAACAUCCGAGUUCCUUAUCCACUCACGCCAAGAUCGAGUCGACGUUUGGAUUCGGAUAGCAUCUCGUCUGCCUCACUCGUACUCGAAGCUUGCAUAGACCCAGGAUGGAGACUUCGGGAUAUUUUACUUGCUGCCAAGUUACUGACCAAUCAACCGCAGGAACAAUAUACCGACGAAGCCGAGAUGAGAAGAGUUUUUGGACUGGUUUACGACGUACUGAGAUACAAGCACAUUCUAGAUCGAGCAUUAGACGACGUGGAUUUCUGGUUGCAUCACGCUAAUUUGAAGAAGCAAGAAAAAGUCGUUUGGCUAUUGCUGUACGACAUGCAGGGUCGAAAAUUCGCACGGCUUGGCUCCAGUACCACGAUAGCCAUGCGCAACGACGCGCUUCGCGAAGCCGGCUUACUCGAGAUCGAAAAGGCUCUGCUCGAUUUGAAAACGCGACUUGCGGCCAGUCUGUCGCGAUUACGCAUCAGUGGAUCAGCUCUCAGUUUAGACGAAUUGUUACCUGCGCACUUGCGCACCGCCGAAGGCGUGACGUGGGGCGAAGAAGGUGCAAUCGCAUCGGGGUGGGUCAACAGCGCCAAGUUAUCGAGUCGCCGGCAGUUCAUCGAGGAGAUGCGUAAGCUCGGGCUCAAUCUUUGCCUGAGCUGCUCGACUGCCAACGAGCUCGAGGAGGAUCAAUAUGUAUUCGACCCGUUGUGCCCGAAAGUCGUCAAUCUUCACGAGAAAGCUCGAGAGAAAUUAGCGGUGUCGCACCUCGUGAAGAGCCACAGUUUCGUGUUUCUAGAAAGGUCCCUGUGCGUUGGAGCAGCGGCUCUCGUUCAAGCGAUCCGAGCCGGAAGGCUCUGCGGUCCUGUGAUACUCACGCAUUCGUUAGCGCCCAGGCAUACCGGAUACUUGGCUGAAUUGUUGGCGGAUGUCGAAGAAGCUGGCAGGUUAUUGGCUUUCGGACUGGGCGACAGUCGAGUUCAGCAUCAGACGUACCUCGAGAGACUUGGUAUCUCACUGCAGCAAUGCAAACUUUUUUCCGAGAGGUUUGCCAGUUGCUCAGUUGCAGUCGCAAGAGAAUACGUUCACACUGGUGUAUUUUUAUUUGUGGAUAGGUACACGUCGGCACCUCCGUUGCCGGAAGUUGAACGAGCGACGAUUGUUCUGGCGACGCCACCUUGCAGCUACACCGGUGUUCGCGACGUAGUGGACCUGGCGAUUGCUCGAGGAGGCGACUUGACGCUACUGGAAUCAUUGACGAGUCUGGAAGCUGAGUCGCCGCAACAGCCACGUACGUUGCUCGUCGAGCAGAUGGCUACGCUCAAGUACGCUCUGACGAGGCCGAACGUCCAGCUACUGGUGUACGAGGUACACACGCUUCUGCCGUCGGAAACGAGCGAGAUGAUCGAACAAGCGGUCGAUCACGCUAACCAACUGGCUUUGGAUAAGUUCCAACGCGAACAUCCGCAAAGGACAAAAUCACCACCCAGAGAUACCACCACCAAGAAGAGCAAGUGCAAGCGAUCUCAGUCGAUAGAACUUGCCAAAACCUCGCAGGAGGAUGGAGAAUCGAGCACCGACGCUGAUAAAAAAGUGCCCAAUCAUCGGCAAACUUAUAUACCGAUCCCAGAAUCGGACUUGUUUGAGAUGUGUGACCUGAAUGAGCUAUAUAACCGAGACUGUAGCAAAUUGGUGGAUCAAGGCUCUUUUAUCGUCGUCAUCAAGCGUAAGGAGAUGAUGCAAUUCAACUCGCUGUUUAUGAUCAAAGUAGCCGAGGCGAAGGGUGUUUUUGGCGAACCAAACAGACCUCUUAAGACACCGGAACCUCAGCAAGUGCGACCGACAUCCCAAAAUGCUGCGCGAGGUCGCCGUAAAAAAGGGCGCAAGAAAGACAAGGUGCAAUUUGAACGUCUGACAGCGCCAACGCACUCAUCGAUAGCAAGAGUACUUCGUGAGAAGCCACCAUGUCCACGUCACCACAAGCAUCUGGAACACGAGGAAAUGACGAUAGAGAUGCAGGUGAGGGAGGCGCGUAGACGUGAUGCGCGUCGCUGGUGGGACGAGUUGGCGCUACUGUGGCGCCAGGGAAAUUACGACAGAGACUAUCAUUUCCAAGCAAUUAGAACUGAUCCAAUAACUCAAAAACUAUUAUUUCCGUCGCAUGUCAUGCUUGUUACUUACUCUGACACGUCCCUCGCGGUGCCUUGAAUCUUAAAUUACUUAAGUGUCAGGUUGAUGAAAGAAAUAAGAAAAGUAAUUUUGUUGUGAUACAGACAAUUUUACAUUUCAAACAAAGUUCCUCAAAACAAAGGAAUACAGAGGUGCUAUUUAAAGAACCAAUAAAAUUAAGGUGUUGAUUGACGAGAUAUCGUUCUAAGCGUCAGCGAAGAUUAGUCUGUUUCUUUUUUUGCCGUCCUCGAUUCGUAACUUCGCGUGCGAACGAAUUAAACUUCGUUCACCGUACUCGUCACGACACUGUCCGUUCAUUUUCUUUUACCUCUGUUAUUUUAUAAAAUUUUUAUCGCUCUCAAUUUUCAUGCUUAAUUGCUUGCUAUUUUCUUCAUUUUCUAAUUCUGGCCUGCUGUUCAUGAUUGAACAUUUUGAUUGAGAUUGAGAUGUUUAAUGACUUUAUUUACGACAGAGUUGCACUGAUAUUGAAUCUGUCACGGCCUCGUUAACUACAACGAGUAAAGACAUACACAUUGAAUUAUCAAAUAUAAUGGACAUUAAAGAAAAAACUCGGCCAAAAACAGAUGUUGAAACAAAUGAUUCGUAUUCCAAAUUGGAUAAUAAUCAUUUUAGACACAUUGAUACAAUGUUGCCGAGCUUUGACAAAGUGAGUUUAACGGGUGU